CAUAAAACCGCCCUGAGUCUUCUCCCUCUGCAACUCAAAGCUCACGACAAUGGCGUCCACCCACCAAAACCCCCAUGCCAUCCUCGUAGCCUACCCUCUCCAAGGCCACGUAAUCCCCGCCGUCCAUCUCGCCAUCAACCUCGCAUCCAGAGGCUUCACCAUCACCUUCGUUAACACCCACUCCAUCCACCAACAAACCUCCAGAGCCCAAGGCGCCGGAAGCGAUGACAUCUUCUCCGGAUCUCGGGAGGCGGGUCUGGACAUUCGGUACACGACGGUUUCCGAUGGGCUUCCGGUGGGGUUCGACAGGUCGCUGAACCACGACCAGUUUAUGGAGGCGUUGUUGCAUGUGUUAUCGGCGCACGUGGAGGAGUUGGUGGAGAGGGUGGUGGCGGAGGCGGCGCCGCCUGUGAGCUGCUUGAUCGCUGAUACGUUCUUCGUGUGGCCGUCGGCGUUGGCGAAGAAGUUCGGGCUUUUGUAUGUUUCAUUUUGGACGGAGCCUGCUUUGGUUUUUACACUGUAUUAUCAUAUGGAUCUUCUCAGAAAACAUGGUCACUUCGAUUGCAGUGAAACUCGUAAGGACGUGAUAGAUUACAUACCAGGGGUUGAAGCAAUCGAUCCAAGGGACAUGACUUCUUAUCUUCAAGCCACUGAUACAUCUACGGUUUGUCACCAGAUAAUCUCCACCGCCUUCCAGGAUGCCAAGGGCGCCGAUUUUGUUCUAUGCAACACAGUGGAGGAGCUUGAGCUUCAUACCAUAUCAGCACUGCAGGCCAAGAAGAAACUCUACGCUGUAGGGCCAAUUUUUCCACCUGGGUUCACCAAGAGCAUUGUGGCCACCAGCCUGUGGGCGGAGUCUGACUGCACCCAUUGGCUGGAUGCUAAGCCUAAAGGCUCGGUUUUGUAUGUUUCAUUUGGCAGCUACGCUCAUAUUAGUAAGAGGGACCUGAUGGAGAUUGCUAAUGGUCUCAUGCUCAGCAAAAUCAACUUUGUUUGGGUGCUUAGGCCUGAUAUUGUGAGUUCUGAUGAUCCUGAUCUCCUCCCUAAUGAACUAAAGGAGGAGGUUCGCGGCCGUUCUAUCAUCAUACCCUGGUGCUGUCAAAUUGCAGUGUUGGCGCAUCCGGCGGUUGGUGGGUUCCUCACCCACUGUGGUUGGAACUCGAUUCUGGAAAGCAUCUGGUGCAAAGUUCCCCUGCUGUGCUUCCCUCUUUUGACUGAUCAAUUCACUAAUAGAAAGCUGGUAGUGGAUGACUGGAAGGUCGGGAUUAAUAUAAGCGACGGGGAGUCAAUCGCUAGGGGGGAGGUUUCCGAGAAAAUCAACCAUCUGAUGGGGGGAAAAUCAGGGGAUGAGCUUCGGGAAAGGAUGGAUGCAGUGAAGCAGACACUGGAAAAUGCAUUGAAACCUGAUGGAUCAUCCGAGAAAAAUAUGAAUCGAUUCAAGGAUGAUCUGAAGGUUAGGAUCCAAGAAAAAUGAGGCAGCAUCAAUCCAAAAAUGCUAGUAAGGGUCUACCAAUCACAAGUUGUUAGGAAGUGUUCCCAAAUUCCAAAUUAGAUUCUUUUGUAAAGA